AUGAAAAUGGGUAUUUGUGGUGUUAUGGUUUCUAAUGUUCCAGGCUUCAGUUCUCAAGGAGGUUUAAUAGAGAGACGUGGUGGCUCUGAAUUUUCUAAAUACAAGUUCAUUGCUAAAGUUAAGAUGGAGAUUACGGUGAGCAAGGACCAGGUGGAAGCCAUAAUAGGUAAGAUAGUUGAGGAAGCGAAGGUUGGAGAGAUUGGAGUUGGCAAGAUUUUUGUGGUUCCUGUCUCUGAUGUCAUAAGAGUUCGCACAGGUGAACAUGGAGAGAAAACUGAGAGGAUGAUAGGAGGAUGCGCUGAUAUGUUAGCCACUUCAUCUACCUAA